AUGGCUUCCUUCCCUGCGGAUCCCGCCGCGCCCGGCCGCGGCCCGGGGGGGGCCCCCCAGCCGCCGCCGCCGCCGCCCCCGCCCCCGCCGCCGCCGGCAGGCGAGUCCCGUCAACUUCUGCCAACUUUAGCGGCCGCCCCCCCUUCCCCGCCGCCGGCCGCCGCCGCCCCCGCGGGCUCCCCGCCGCCGGCGGCCCCGCCGCGCUUCUCCCCGGAGCAAGUGUCGUGCGUGUGCGAGGCGCUGCUGCAGGCCGGCGACCCGGGCCGGCUGGGCCGCUUCCUGGGCUCGCUGCCGGCCGAGCCGGAGCCGGCGGCGGGCGGGGAGAGCCUGGCCAAGGCGCGGGCGCUGCUGGCCUUCCAGCGCGGCGACUUCGGGGAGCUGUACCGGCUGGUGCAGAGCCGGCCCUUCGCCGCCCCGCACCACCCGUUCCUCCAGGACCUCUACCUGCGCGCCCGCUACCGCGAGGCCGAGGCGGCCCGGGGCCGGGCGCUGGGCGCGGUGGACAAGUACCGGCUGCGCAAGAAGUUCCCGCUGCCCAGCACCAUCUGGGACGGCGAGGAGACGGUGUACUGCUUCAAGCGCCGCUCGCGGGCCGCCCUGCGCGACUCCUACGGCCGCAGCCGCUACCCCAGCCCCGAGCAGAAGCGGCGCCUGGCCCGCGACACCGGCCUCUCGCUCACCCAGGUCAGCAACUGGUUCAAGAACCGGCGGCAGCGGGACCGCAGCGGGGGAGGCGCCGGCACCCCCAGCAAGAGCGAGUCGGACGGGAACCCCAGCACGGAGGACGAGUCGAGCCGGGGGCUGGAGGAGACUGAGCUGGCCGUGGGGACGCCCGCCGGGCCGGAUGGGGCCAGCGCCUCGGGGAACCUCUUCUUGCCGGCGCCCGCCGGGGCCUCGUCCAUCCUGCUCAACGGCAACUUCAUCACCACGGCCGGCCCGCAGGCCAUGCUGCUGAACAGCGGCUCCGUGCUCCAGGCGCCAGGCGGGGUGCUCAUCAACGGGCUGGCGCUGGGCGACAGCCAGACCAUCACCCUGAGCCCUGUGGCGCCCACCCCGCCCGUGCUCCUCAACGGCGCCGCCCUGGCGGGGGCCAAGACCCCAACCGGCACUGGCCUGGAGUCGCCACCGGCCGCCUCGGCCAGGCCUGACAUCAAGGCGGAAGCCGGCGAGUCACUGCCCUCUCUGGUGUUCAGCCCGGGCACCUUGGAGGUGAAGACAGAGGAGAGCCAGGCGGUCGGGGCCCUGUCCGAGGUGCCCACGUUCCUUCCCCCAGCCGCGUCCGACCCGAAGGGGGUGCUGCUUCCCGCGCCGGCCAGCUCAGUGCCCCAGGUGGUGCCGUCGGGCGAGGAAGCCCCCUGCCCGGCCCCGGCGCUCCCCCAGCCGGUGGCCUCCGGCUCCCAGAUCGUCCCCCUCUCCCACGUGGUGCCCAGUUCUCAGCCUGGCCAGGCCCUGCCCGUGACGUCGCCUCCCCCGGCUGCCACCCCGCUCCUCCAGGGCUCUCCCCUGCUGUCCUUCCCUGCCCUCACCUCGCCCAUCCCGGGGCCAGCUCAGGCUGCCCCGGUGCCAGCCGUGGUCCACGUCCCCGCCCCGCCCCUGAUCCCCAUCUCCCAGGUCUCGCCCCCCUCCCAAGUGGUGCCCCUGUGCCAGCCGGCCCCAGGCACCCCGGUGCUGUCCCCUCCCCAGACGGUGCCGCUCUCACCCACCCAGGUCUACUCAGUGCCCCAGGGGGCCCCCGCCCCGCAGCUGCUGUCGGUGCCCCAGGGCUCCCAGCUCCUCUCGCUCCCGCAAGUGGUGCCCACGUCGCAGGUGGUGACGCUGCAGCAGGGGGUGGGGCCGAUCCAGAUCCUGGCCAGCGCCACCCCGCUCAAGGUGGGGGCUCCGCAGGCGGCCGGCGGGGCCGUGGGGCAGAGCAACGUGCACCUCAUCAAUGCCAACGUGGGCGUGACCACGCUGCAGCUGCCUGCCGGCGCGCCAGGGAACUUCCUCCUGACGAACCCAGUGCCGGGUGGCGGCACCAUCCUCACCGGCAUGACGCUCCAGCAGGGCAAGCUCAUCCUGACUGCCACCUUCCCGGCCACCAUGCUCAUGUCCCCGGUGCUCUCCGCCCCCGCUGGCAGCCUGGCCCUGCCCAUCAAGCAAGAAACGGCGCCUCUAACAGCCACCAGCGCCCCCAUCCCAGGGCCCGUGAACUCCGAGGGUGCCGGGGUGGGCCAGCCGGCCUUGGCUUUUGGGGCGGACGGUGUGGCUGGCCGCCAGCCUGGCAUCCUCUCGAACUUCCCCCAGGAGGGCCUGGUGCUGUCCCCGCUGCCUCAGCCGGCAGCGUGGCCCGGCUCGGCGGGCAUGGAGAUGCAAGCGGUUGGCACCGAGGGGCUCUUCGAGAUGGAGAAGGGGGCGGUGGAGGUGCUGGACGGCACGGAGCCGAGUGGCCUCCUGCUGCCCGAGGGCGAGGGGCUGCUGCUGGGCAGUUCAGGCAGCGACCCCCUGGAUCCCGAGGGCCUCGACUCGGACGAGAAGGUGCUGACCCAGCUGCAGUCGGUGCCGGUGGAGGAGCCCCUGGACUUGUAAGAGGCUCGGCGGGGGGAGGGGGGAGCACGGGAUGGGACCAGGGAGCCGCCUCCUGGGGGGCCAGGUCUUGGCCCCUCCAUGCCUUCGCUGCCCCCAGUGCAUCAGAUCCAAACUCUCAGACAUCUGUAGAUCCCCGAGCCCUCGCCCCGGAUCCUGCUGCCAGGGGGCCCUGACGCUGCGGGUGCCUGAAAGGCUCUGGGCAGUUGGGAGGUGCCGGAUCCGAGGCUGCAUCUGGGGGGGGCCCAUGACCAAACACUACAAUUCCAAACUUCGGGGUGGGGGGAAGGGAGUCUGGCUCUUGCCAGGCAAGCUCCUAGGCCCUCAGGAAGGGGGUGUCAGCUGUUGUGGCUUAGAGGGGGCAGGACAAAAGCAGGCAUUAAUGGGCUUUGAGGUAAUGAGCUGCUCCCUUCUCCCCCUGCUCCCCCCCCCCCCCUUUCCUAGAAACACUAAGUGUCUUCCCAGAGCAGGGUGUGGGAGCCGUGCAGCGCAGCGGGGUCUUGGUGCUAAGGGAACGGGGUUUCUGGGGCAGCUGCUGAUCAGACCCCAGGUCCCAUCGGUCGCUGCGGGAACCACUGACUGUUUUCUGGUGGAGGAAAAUUCUGGGCCUGGCUCCCUGUUCCCCUGUCCUGCCCUGGGGUUCCCCAUAGUCUGUCCCCGCCACGCCCCUGGUGGGGCAGCGAAUAGCCACAGUGCCGUGUGCUCCGGCCACACCCCCAAUCCGCCCUCUAUACCAGGAGCAGGGAUAAGAACCCUUAUGCCAGCUCCCCUUGUGCAUGGGGGGGGGAUUAUUGGGGCCAUUUCUGCCCCGGGUAGGCUGCCAGAAUGGCACUGAUGGGGCUGCAUGUGAAUCUUACGAAUGAAACCCAAAGUCAUCCCUAGUUACUCCCCCUGAAUUUCAUGGGUCCCCCACCUUUCACUCCUAGACACUACAAACCAACUCACCUGACUUCUUAUUUUUUACAUGAAAGAAUUUUUAUAUAUAUAAAAAUAUAUAUUUUUAGAAGGAGCAAAUCCUGCUGCGUGAUUCCAGCGUGCCCGGGACCGUCACCCCGGUGCGCCUCGCCCCAGCUGUAUUUAAUGGUCUCACUGGUUUUUGAAUCACUCUUCCAGCAGGAGGAUAAACACCCCACGAGCUGAAUCUUUUAUAUUAAAAAAUAAAGUGCAUUUAACUUUUGUAAACAUUCACUACGUUGGAGCGGUGGCCGCUCCUGUCAUGGCCAGCUGAGGCCAUAUUUCCCGCCAGCCUGGUGGGGUUUGUUCGAGCGGGUAUGUUGGACUGGUUGAAGGCUUUAGACUCCCUCAAAUCUCACUACGGAGCUACCGGAGAGCCAUUUUGGUACGGGGUCCUCUCUACACAGGAUGCCUGGGCCCAGAUCUACCAUGGGACAGGAUCCCUCCCCCUGUGGGACAACCAGGUUCUCGAUCUGCAGCAGAAUGGGACUCCUGUGUCCCAGAUCCACACCAAACCAGAUCCCAGCCUGAUGGAGUAAUCCGGUUCUAAAUCUGUGCCAGGCUGGGAUUUCUGCUCCAUGGAGUAACUGGGUUCUGGAUCCACACUGGAGUGGGAUCUGUCUGCCACCAUGGAGUACCCAGUUUCUAGACCUACAGUGGGAUAGAAGCUCUCCCCUGCCAUGGAGCUACUGGAUUCUAGAUCCAUGUCUCAAUGAGAACCCUGCCUCAUGGAGUAGCCAGUUUCUUGAUCCCUGGCAAUAUGGGAACCCCCCGCAAGGAAACCACCAGGUUCUUGAGCCACACUGGAACUGGAUCCUCAACAGUGCAACUGGAACCACAUCAGAAUGGGUUCCCACCCCUUGGAGCUUCCAGGGUUCUAGAUCAUCAUCUGAAUGGGUUCCAGGUUCUAGAUCCACACUGGAAUGGGUUCCCACCCCUUGGAGCAGCUGGCUUCUCUUGGACCCACCUCGGAACAAGCUGCUCUUUGUGGUUUUUCAGCCUUCGUUGUCAUCUGGGACCGGCUCCCCUGUCGUCCUCUCUUCUUCCCCGGUUCCUCAUCCUCAAAAUCCAGAGCUUCCAUUGUGACUCCUCAAAGUUGUCCCCACCAUGGCACCCAUGGGCUCCUCCGGCACCCUGGUCUCCCAUGAGCCUGUUGGGUUUCUCUGGCUGUCCAAGAUGAACAAACCGGGGGGCGGGGUCAGCUCUGUCUGGCGAGCCAGCGGUGUGGCACCGGUGGUUCCUUCCCUCCACCCGUGCACCAUGGUUAUCUGCGGAGGGACCCAGACUGGACACUUGAAUCUUGGGGCACUGCCUCCUGUCCCACCCUCCUCUCACCAGGUACUAGUGCAUCUCACGAUUAUUAUUAUGUUCACCAUUUUGCUACAAUUUUUUUUUUGUGAGGAACAAUCAUUUCUACCCGAUAUUCUUUUUUUUAAGAAGCUUCUGUCCUCGUCAUCCCUGUACACUAUUACUGUUGGUUGUUGUUUUUUUUUAACAUAGCGCUCUGUGUGUGUGUGUCUGUCUGUCCGUCCAUCCAUCCUGGUACUGUAUGAAAUUUGUAUAUCCAUAAAUAUAUAUUCUAUAUAACACA